UGAGGUACGUCUACGUGAGGUACGUGAAUUACCAACGGCGCCCUUCGCGCGACUAAUGCAUUAUGUAUGCGUGUCUUUCACAGCGGCGGGUGCUAGACGUGCCGGCACGAUGGGAAAUGAUUGACUUGAAAACAUUUUUUGCGCUCUUUUUCUGCAAGAUUUUCAGAAACUCACCCACGGCAGUUGCUCAAUAAGUUCAAGCCCAAGAACCAAAGUAAAACCAGAGAUUAGUUUACUGGGGAAAAAACAUGUAUGGCCACAGAGACGUACGCAUCCUGCUCAUCGGAGAUUCUGGAGUUGGAAAGACGUCACUCAUUUUAACCCUCGUGAGUGAUGAGUUUCCUGAAGAGGAUCAGGUACCUGCCAGGGCAGAGGAGAUUACGAUUCCUCCAGAUGUGACACCUGAGAAAGUCCCCACACACAUUGUGGAUUAUUCUUCACGGGAACAGAACGAUGAGAUUCUCAUGGAGGAAAUUGCCAGGGCCGACGUGAUUUGCAUCGUGUAUGCCGUCAACCAUCGUGAGAGCAUUGACAGCAUCACUGACUACUGGCUGCCUCUAGUCAGGAACACCCUAGGAGCUGACCACUCCACCCCUAUCAUCCUGGUGGGCAACAAGUCUGACCAGGCGGAUGCCAAUAGCCUGGAAGGCGUGGUGCCCAUCAUGAAUGACUACUCGGAGAUUGAGACGUGCGUAGAGUGUUCUUCAAGGAACCUCAAGAACAUCUCGGAGGUGUUCUUCUAUGCCCAGAAGGCCGUGCUACACCCAACAGGACCUCUGUACUCCGCAGAAGACAAGGAGCUUAAACCAGAAUGCAAGAGGGCGCUGUCUAGGAUAUUCACAAUAUGCGACCUGGAUAAUGACGGCGUGCUGAAUGAUUAUGAGCUCAAUUUGUUCCAGAGACGCUGCUUCAAUGCGCCGUUGCAGCCUCAGGCCCUGGAUGACGUCAAGGCGGUCGUCAGGAAAAACAUACCGGAGGGGGUCGUCAACAACGGACUCUCACAGAUAGGGUUUUUAUUCCUGCACACAUUAUUCAUUCAGCGGGGUAGGCACGAGACCACGUGGACUGUACUUAGGAAGUUUGGCUACACAGAUCACCUCAAGCUCACGGCAGAAUAUCUCCGGCCAAGGUUACGAGUUGGACGAGGCAGCUCAACGGAGCUAAGUCACUUGGGCUACCAGUUCUUAACCACGCUCUUUGAAAAAUAUGAUCAGGACAAAGAUGGUGCCUUAUCGCCGACUGAGCUGCAGAACUUCUUUCAGACGUGUCCCGUCAUGCCGUGGGGUAAUGACGUCAAUAUGACGGUCAGCACCAAUGAGAAGGGAUGGAUAACGCUACAGGGUUGCUUAUCGCAGUGGACACUCACAACUCUUCUGGAUGUCUCUCGGACUCUGGAGUACCUAGCGUAUUUUGGCUAUCGAUACGUCAUGGCAGAGCACGAGAACCAACUGUCUGCUAUCAUUGUGUCCAGAGCCAAGAAGAUUGACCUGGAGAAGCGCCAGACCUCCCGCAACGUGUUCCAGUGCAAUGUGAUCGGUCCGCGGGGCGCUGGCAAGACGGCAUUCCUGCAGGGAUUGACCAAUCGUACGGUGGACUCCGCCACUCACUCACUGAAGGAACACCUGUCGGCUUACACCAUCAGUACGGUACAGGUGUACGGACAGGAGAAACACCUCCUGUUGCAUGAGAUUGAUGUAGGCCUCCAAGAUGAGCUGACAUCAGAGGACUUGGAGUGUGACGUGGUUUGCCUCAUGUAUGACAUCUCCGAUCCAAGGACUUUUGAGUAUUGUGCCAAGAGUUACAAGCAACACUUUGAGAGCAGCCACAUCCCCUGCCUGUUUGUGGCCUCCAAGAGCGACAUGCAUCCGGUCCGGCAGAACUACACCCUUCAGCCGGCCCAGUUCUGCGCCAGUCACAACCUGCCGCCUCCCCAGACCUACUCCAGCAAAGGAAGACCCAACAAAGACAUCUACAUCAAGCUGGCAACCCUGGCUGCAUAUCCGCAUCUUAAGGGCGUGUCCCAAGAAUCCCACUCCAUCUGGCUCAAGGUGGGCAUCUGUGCUGCCGUGGUGGCCGUUGGAGGUAUCGUGUUCUACAGAUACUACAAGAGCCAAUGAUGUAAGGCAUAACAUGGAAUUAUUUAGGGUCUUUGUGUACAGAAAAAUGAUGCAAUUUAUUAAAGAUUAUGGAGGGAAUGACUGAGGUAGCAGGGGCAGUUUGGUGAGUAAUGACGGACUUGGAAUCCCCUUUUCCAGAAUAGACUGAUCCAUUAAACCCCGCCCCCGUUGUGUUCUGACCAAUCACAGCAUGUGUUAAUUGCCCACAUGUGCAGUGGGCGGGGCUUAUUGGAUCGAUCUAUUGUAGUCAGAGUGGUAGGUCAAGUCAAUCACA